AUGGCUAAGACGUCCAAUCAAUUAGAUUUUGAUAGGCUAAUGAAGAUAGUAGAGAAGGUAGAUAUACGAGUAAAGGAAUACUUGGAGUUAGCUGGAUAUGAUAAGUGGUAUAGGAUUUAUGCACCAGUUCAUCGUGGUUGGUCAAUGACAUCGAAUAUCACAGAAAGUAUAAAUGCGGCAUUAGUUUCAGCAAGAGAAUUGCCAAUUUAUGAUUUUCUAGAGGAAGUUAGGCUGAUGUUUGGCAGAUGGAAUUGUGAUAACAAAAAAGAGGAAUCAUUCACAUUUACUCCCUUGAUUGGAAAAUUUCAGGAGAUACUCAAAAUCAAUGAAGUUUUUUCGUCAACUGAAUAUGUUCACAAUGUCAAUGAUAAAGGUAGAAAUUAUAUAGUUUGUCUUCAGAAGAAAAGGUAUACUUGUGGAAGAUUUCAGUAUGAAGAAAUACCACGUGAACAUGCUUGGGCUGUUUUGAAGUUCAAGAGUUUAGGAACAAAUGAGUUCUGCUCGAAUUUAUACACACCGACAAUAGUGUUGAAGACUUAUGGUUUUCCAAUAUACCCAUUGCCAGAUUAA